AUGUCUGCCUCACCUACCUCCCACGCCAUGUCCUCAGCGAAGCGGCCCUUGGAAGACCCCUCUUCCCCUUCUGCCCCGACUGACUUACCAGAUGCGAAACGCCCGGCUCUAGACAAGGUGGUUAGAGAAGAUGCAGCAGCUGAAGGAUCUGCUACCGCUAGCAGCGGAUCUGUCGAAGGCCCAAAAUCGACUGAAAAGCAUCCACUGCCGACACCUGUCACGAAUGGAGCGACAGAGCCACAUGCUGAAGGCGCGACAGCUGUGGGAACCAAGGGAGCACCAGUCGUUCCCUCGCCAGAGACACAGCCGCAGGCGUCUACUUCCCAGGCCGAUCGAGCCACCUCUCAGCCUCCGUCGAUGCCGCCGCAAGACGAGACAAACUGGAUUCAUAUUCGUGCAGUCAUUUCGAGUGCGGAAGCUGCAACCUGUAUCGGCAAAGGUGGCGAGAAUGUGACUCAAAUUCGAAGACUCUCUGGGGCCAAGUGUACCGUGAGCGAUUAUUCGCGCGGCGCAGUCGAGCGCAUCUUGACUGUUAGUGGUGCUCAAGAUGCCGUCGCAAAGGCUUUCGGCCUUAUUAUUCGCACUCUCAACAACGAGCCUCUCGAAGCUGCAUCAACUGCCCAAUCCAAGACUUAUCCACUACGACUCCUGAUCCCGCAUAUUCUGAUCGGCUCCAUCAUUGGAAAAUCCGGUGUGCGCAUUCGAGAAAUCCAGGAAGCCUCGGGAGCUCGUCUCAAUGCUUCGGAUUCGUGCCUGCCACUUUCCACCGAGCGCUCUCUUGUUGUUCUGGGCGUUGCCGAUGCGGUUCACAUUGCCACGUACUAUAUUGCGGUUACAUUGGUUGAGCAAUUGACGGAACGUUUUGGUGGCCCUGCCGCAUCCGCUUACGCCACCAGAAGUGGCGGCCCAGCAGGAGUUGUACCGGGUGGCAUGCAGGUUGUGCCAUACGUUCCUCAGCCAGCCGGCGGUCAAUACGGCCACCCAGACAUGUACAAGAGGCACAACACGCAUCCACCGCAACGAAUCCCUCCUCAAUCUUUUGGCACGCCGCAGAUGCAUGGUACUCCUCAACAGUCAUAUCCUCAGUUUCCUCAGCCAUACGCAGCGACGCCACGGACUCCAAGCUAUGGAGUCGGCCCACAGCAAGCAGCGGCGUACGGCCAAAUGCCACCUCAACCUGCUGCUCACGGGCAACCUGCCCAGCCAGCACACGCGAUGCCAGGGCAGCCAAUAACGCAGCAGAUCUUCAUUCCCAACGAUAUGGUUGGGGCAAUCAUAGGCAAAGGCGGUGCCAAAAUCAAUGAGAUUCGGCAUCUCAGUGGAAGUGUCAUCAAGAUCAAUGAGCCACAGGACAACAGUAAUGAAAGAUUGGUCACCAUCACCGGAACCCCAGAAUGCAAUCAAAUGGCAUUGUACAUGCUUUAUUCGAGACUGGAGAGCGAGAAACAUCGGAUCUAG